UUUGACGACGUCAUCGCUAUGUCAUCUUUGGUGAGGUUUUUGUUGGGAAAAGUCAAGAAACAUGGAUAUCUACGACGAUAUGAAUUUCUACUUGUCUCCGGACAAAUUCGUCGUGGAGCCCAAUGGUCAGGAAAAAUGUGACUUUUUAGUGAUUGAUCGCAUCACCCAAAGCAUCAGUGUUCACGCUGCAAAGCCAGAAGAACUAGCCCAGGUUAGUCCUCAUCGGAGAAUUUGUGGCAUUCUGGGAGCGAUAAAACUCCUAGCCGGACAUUACCUCAUCGUGGCGACGCAUCGAAUAUUUGUGGGUGUGAUAAAUGGUCAGGCAAUCUGGCGUCUCGCCGGCUUCGACAUUUUCCCCUACAUUCCGUCCUCAAGUCACCUGAGCGAGGUGCAGAAGGUGCAAAAUGAUUCCUACCUCGAAAUGUUGCGACGCACCCUCAACACACCCCACUUCUACUUCUCCUACUCCUACGAUAUCACACACACCCUGCAGCGUCUCAACGGAAUGCCUCCGGAAUUCCUGCAAAUGGGACUCCUGGAGAGAGCUGAUACGCGUUUCGUGUGGAAUGGAUUUCUCCUCAAGGACUUUCAGCGGUUCGAUUGUCGCAAAUUCAAUCUCCCAAUCAUUCUGGGAUUUGUCUCUAUUAAUCAAGUUAAUGUCAAUGGGAAUUCUUUCACAUGGACUCUUAUCACUCGGCGGUCAGUUCAUCGGGCUGGAACUCGUCUAUUCUGCCGAGGAAUUGACCAAAAUGGGAAUUGUGCAAAUUACGUCGAAACUGAGCAAAUUGUUGAGUAUUUGGGCGACAAAGUUUCCUUUGUCCAAACACGUGGUAGUAUCCCAAUCUACUGGCGUCAGACGCCAAAUCUCCGAUAUAAACCACCUCCAGAAAUUAUCCCUGGUAAGGAUCACAUGGCCGCCUUUGCUAAACACAUCGAUUCCCAAUUGUUGCACUAUGGACGUCAAGUCAUUAUAAACCUAAUUGAUCAUCGAGGACCCGAGGACACUCUCGAGAAAGCCUAUGCGAAUGUUGUGGGUCUGUUGUCCAAUAGCGCCGUGAGGUAUGAAGCAUUUGAUUUCCAUGCAGAAUGCAGAAAAAUGCGUUGGGAUCGUUUGAAUAUUCUGAUUGAUCGGCUAGCUCAUGAGCAAGAUGAGUUUUCGGUGUUUCAUCUAAGACGCGAUGGGACACUGCUGUCCUCUCAAGAUGGCGUAUUCCGGACGAAUUGCAUUGAUUGUCUGGACAGAACGAAUGUGGUGCAGAGCAUGCUGGCCAAGAGAUCUCUCACCCAAACUCUAAUGCGCCUGGGAAUUCUAUUGAAGGGACAAACUAUUGAGAAUUGCUAUGCCUUUGAGAUGCUGUUCAAGAAUGUAUGGGCAGAUAACGCUGAUUUGGUGUCGACGCAGUAUUCAGGUACAGGAGCCCUCAAAACUGAUUUUACACGGACGGGAAAGAGAACGAAGAUGGGCCUGAUAAAGGAUGGUAUUAACUCACUGACACGAUACUACAAGAAUAACUUUAAUGAUGGCUUUCGCCAAGAUGGAAUUGAUCUACUCCUUGGAAACUAUGUGAUUCAGGAUGGUGAGGGUAUUUCAGUACCCUGUCCACUCAAUACCCAUCGUGGUUGGAAGUACCUAACAUUCCCAUCUGUGCUAAUGUUUGCUGUAGCUAUGUUCUUCGCUUCGUCUGUCUUCCCGCACGAAUACAACACGGAAAAUCUACUAUUUCUACUUUUCUGGGGUGCUAUGGUGGGUGUAAGUACGGCUGGAAUCUUUAGGUAUGGCAUGGAAUUUGUGGAUUGGCCCAAACUUUUGCCACCAAUCAAAGUUGAGGCAUGAAAAAAAAUUGUAACUAAAUUCAAUUUGACGAAAAUUUCUCCUUCCUAUCGUUCCGGAAACUCCUUUUGACUUGUCCCCCAUUACACCAUAAAUCCUCUGCAAAAUUUGUAGACCAAUUCACCUAGAAAUUUAUUGUUCUAUAUAUUGAGAAAUAAAAUAUGAAUUUUAUUUAA